CAGCGCCGCGGCUGGGGAAAUGUCUGAUGAGGAGAUCAAAAAGAAGACACUAGCUUCAGCUGUAGCCUGUUUAGAAGGGAAGUCACCAGGGGAGAAAGCAGCAAUCAUCCAUCAGCAUCUUGGCCGUCGAGAAAUGACAGAUAUGAUCAUUGAGACCAUGAAGUCCAACCCAGAAGACAAGAUAAAAACUACAGUGGAAGAAAGGAAGUCGUCAGAAGCAUCCCCCACCGCACAGAGAAGUAGAGAUCAAAGUAAAGAACGUCCAAACACUGCUCCUGAUUCUCCAUCCAAACAGCUUCCAGACCAGAUUUCAUUCUUCAGUGGAAAUCCAUCAGUUGAAAUAGUUCACGGUAUUAUGCAUCUAUAUAAGACAAAUAAGAUGACCUCCUUAAAAGAAGAUGUAAGGCGCAGUGCCAUGCUGUGUAUUCUCACAGUCCCUGCUACAAUGACCAGUCAUGACCUUAUGAAGUUUGUCGCCCCAUUUAAUGAAGUAAUCGAACAAAUGAAAAUCAUCAGAGACUCUACUCCAAAUCAGUAUAUGGUGCUGAUAAAGUUUAGUGCACAGGCUGACGCAGAUAGUUUUUAUAUGGCAUGCAACGGCCGCCAGUUCAACUCCAUAGAAGAUGAUGUUUGCCAGCUGGUCUAUGUGGAAAGGGCUGAGGUGCUGAAAUCCGAAGACGGUGCCAGCCUUCCUGUCAUGGACCUGACCGAGCUGCCCAAGUGCACGGUGUGCCUAGAGCGAAUGGAUGAGUCGGUGAAUGGUAUCCUCACCACGUUAUGUAACCACAGCUUUCACAGCCAGUGUCUGCAGCGCUGGGACGACACGACGUGUCCCGUUUGCCGGUACUGUCAAACGCCAGAGCCAGUAGAAGAAAAUAAGUGUUUUGAGUGUGGUGUUCAGGAAAACCUCUGGAUUUGUUUAAUAUGUGGCCACAUAGGAUGUGGACGAUAUGUAAGUCGACAUGCUUAUAAGCACUUUGAGGAAACACAGCACACAUAUGCCAUGCAGCUCACCAACCAUCGAGUCUGGGACUAUGCUGGAGAUAAUUAUGUCCAUCGACUGGUUGCAAGUAAAACAGAUGGAAAAAUAGUACAAUAUGAAUGUGAAGGUGAUACUUGCCAGGAAGAGAAAAUAGAUGCCUUACAGUUAGAGUAUUCGUAUUUAUUAACAAGCCAGCUGGAAUCUCAGCGAAUCUACUGGGAAAACAAGAUAGUUCGGAUAGAAAAGGACACAGCAGAGGAAAUUAACAACAUGAAGACCAAAUUUAAAGAAACAAUUGAGAAGUGUGAUAAUCUGGAGCACAGACUAAAUGAUCUCCUAAAAGAAAAGCAGUCUGUGGAAAGAAAGUCUUACACGACUUUAAACAACGUUGUAACGAACAUUUUUCUCCACGUCUUUUUUUUUUCCCUCUUGUGCACUCAGCUAAACACGAAAGUGGCUAAACUCACCACUGAACUCAAAGAAGAGCAAGAAAUGAACAAGUGUUUGCGAGCCAACCAAGUCCUGCUGCAGAACAAGCUGAAGGAGGAGGAGAGGGUGUUGAAAGAGACCUGCGAUCAAAAAGACCUGCAGAUCACUGAGAUUCAGGAGCAGCUGCGCGACGUCAUGUUCUACCUGGAGGCGCAGCAGAAGAUCAACCACCUGCCUGCUGAGACCCGGCAAGAAAUCCAAGAGGGACAGAUCAACAUCCCUGUGGCCUCGGCCUCAAGCCCUUCUUCUUCAGGGGGCAGUGGGAAGCUGCCCUCCAGGAAGGGCCGCAGCAAGAGGGGCAAGUGACUUCAGGGAAUCAAACAUCCCUGAGACUUCUCCCUGACACUGCAAAGGUGUGUGGGACCUUCAGCUAGCUGUGAGGGGAGACCUCACGAAGUUCAAGUGAGGAUCAUGCUGCAGUUGUGUGGCUCUUUGAUUUGCUAGUUGGGGUGUCAUGGAUGUAGAGGGUGCUGUCUGGGAGAGUUGAUAGACUGGGGGGCAGUGUUUUUGAAGGUGGGAAUAGUUCACUAACCUCAGACAUUCUGAUGACCAUUUUGCCUUCCUGCUUGGUAGAUGCCCCAGUCGGCUGUGCAUUUUUUUGUUGUAUUUAUUGAGUUGGUGAUUUAACAUUCAAUAUCAGGGUAGGUUUAAGACAUUCAGUUUUUUGUAACCUCAGAGGUAACGUUACCUAGCCCCAAAGCACCAAACCUCUCUGAGGUCACAGCAGCUGCACUGAAGAGAGGUACUUAGUGGCUGCUGAGGAGUUCUGAAAAUUCCCCGGUUUUAGCCUCAUAUUGUUGUCAUCCCUUCCCUUCCUCUGGGGAGUUGAAGAAUUGUUUGAAUGUUAUAUGAAGAGGCUGGGUUGUAAACCAGGCACUGGCUUGUCACCAGCAGCCAUCUCUUCUUUCUCUAGCGCUAGCCAGGAAAAACAAACACAAGGCAGACUGAAUAGACCCAAUGUAGGAAAAAUGGUGGCAGUUCUACUUUAUUUUUGUUGACUCCAUGUAUCAUUAUGAACCUCAAAGAAGAGGCCUAAUGGUUGCUUCAAAAUUCAAAUCUCAGACUGGAUUUCCUAGCAUCUACCAAGAAUAAGCGAAGGAGUUUAUCAUUGAUGUGAAAAUGGAGAGUGAGGCCUCUGACUAGCGUAUUGUGUGUUCUGCUGGGAUCAGUAUUUUCUGAAUGUUUACAAAAGAUUGAGCUGCAUGUUCAGGUUGCAGCUAGAGGGAGCUUGGGCAGAUUUUCAGUAGUGCUUUCAAGAUACAACCAAAGGCAGUUUCUAAAUCCUAAAAUCAGAAUUUCAACACAGCCCCCUUUAAAAUAGUCGCACAGUGCUUGUAUGGGCCAACAGAGGGGCUGUGUUACUUUAAGAUUAUAAACAUCAGUAAUUAGUAACCUGCAGUAACUGAGCAGAAUUAAAGUAAGACCGUUUUGGAAUUUACCUUCUAAAAGAGUAGCUGGAUAGGUUAACAAGACAUACUCCUAAGUGAUAGCUUUUGUUUUCUGUUUUAUAAUUAGCCAAAGGUUUCAAAUUACCACAUUUCAGAAUUGGUUUUGAGCCUGUGACUAAGCCCCUUUGACCUACACGUUCUACAUAUUACUUGUUAAUACAUCAACUGUAUCGCAAAUCACCAUCUGUUUUUGUGGGAUGUGCUACAGCAUUUCCCAAAACACACCUUACCUGCAACUUUGCAAAAUGAAUGUACUCAGACAUUCUGAAUUUUUACUUAGGGCAGACCAAUUCUCUGAGUCCUCCUUGGACGCUUGUAUACAGAUAUCUUAAAGCAAGAGUGAGAAUGUAAAGCAUAACCUAAUUCUCUUUCCUAUAGAGAUUCUAUUUUAUUUAAAAUCUAUUUUUACACUUGUUAAAGUCCUACUGUUUUGGCCAAGUACUUGUCUUGCAUGUCUGACCUUGCAGAAGCUGGGGUGGAUUGUAGCAUACUAAUUACAAGAAUCAGAAGUAGUUUCCAAAGCUUGCUCUCUUGCUCGCUCCUCACUUCUUGAUGAUCACUUCCAUGAAGCAGCCCUACCACCAGCUGGGAGAAUGGAGAUUUUUCAGCACAGGUGGGAUAAAUGCUUGGAAAGGCUAUUCCCCAGAGGAAUGAGCAAACUGGCAAAUGUUUCCAAGCUUCUUAAAGGAUUUUUGUUGUUGUUGUUGUUAUUUUGGGUUUUUUUUGUUGUUGUUGUUUUUUAAAAAGAUCCAGAAAAGAAAAAUCUUACCAAGAUACAUAAAGAAAAUGUUUUUAAAAAAAGUAGUUAAGGAGUCAUGUUUGGAUUUGACAAAAUUACAUAAGAUAGACGCUGUUAGUGUUUUCUUCACAAUGGAAAUGAACCACUUAAUAUACCUAUACUACCUUGGAGAAUGGAAUUGCAUUAAAAUAACCACGCUUUGAAAGUA